CGAUAAAAGAUCUUGAUACUUGUUUCGAACCUAAGACUGAUCCAGAGAUGUUUACAAUGGGACCAUCGAUUCGAGAUACUACAGAACCCAGGACAAGAUUUGAUUCUCUGCUUAAUAAACAAGAGGAAACUUUUAGUAAACUGCAAGAACUAGAAAAAUAUAUGUUUAAUAUUGGUAUUAUCAAUGAAAUAAAAUGCGAGUCACAUUAUUGGUAUGAAUUAUUUUGA